AGUGAAGACCCUCAGGAGACAAAGGAACCAGCCUCUCUCCGCAGAUGGAACGGGGGUCUCAGUGAGAGAUAAGAAGGAAACCAUUUGACCUGUCUGCAUUGGACUCCUAGAAAAAAAGCAUGGCUGUCACACUGCACACUGAUGUGGGAGAUAUUAAAAUAGAGAUAUUUUGUGAGCGAACCCCAAAGGCCUGUGAAGGUCUGCAGAAAAUCACCAAUCCUCAUGCAUUGGUUUUGGUGUAAAAAGUAUCAAUCUAUCUUUUAUUAUUCCUGGCACAGUUUGUUUUUGAACUUCCUGGCUCUCUGUGCUAGUAACUACUACAAUGGUUGCAUAUUUCACCGGAAUAUCAAAGGAUUCAUGGUACAGACAGGGGAUCCAACAGGCACUGGGAAAGGUGGUAACAGCAUCUGGGGCAGGAAAUUUGAAGAUGAAUAUAGUGAACACCUAAAGCACAGUGUUCGCGGUGUUGUUUCCAUGGCAAACAAUGGCCAAAACACCAACGGAUCUCAGUUCUUCAUAACAUAUGGCAAACAGCCACACCUAGAUAUGAAAUAUACCGUCUUUGGGAAGGUAAUUGAUGGCCUGGAGACCCUAGAUGAGCUGGAGAAACUCCCAGUGAAUGAGAAGACCUACCGUCCACUUAAUGAUGUUCAUAUUAAGGACAUUACAAUUCAUGCCAACCCUUUUGCUUCAUAGAGAUUAAUUGCCUGGAUAGAUUCCUGACAAGCCUGGUCAGACUGACUUCUAAUUAUAGUGUUGAAGUGACACUAUAAAAGUGUUAGUCAAUUUGGAUUAUACCUUUACUGCUUGAAUGUGUAGUAGUCAGGAUUUACUGGCAUGGUGUUCUGACAGGUCUCCUGCUCCAUCAGUGAUGAUAACCAGU